UACUCACAUUACUACAUUUCCACCGAAUAUCUCUGUUGUCCAAAUUCCAAUUAAAUUCAACCCUUCAUUCUUGAUUCUUAUUUCUUUAACAAAAAAACAAAAGCUUCUUCAAUUUCUUGAUCAAUUUCAUGGAAGAUUAAGGCCAAAUUACUGCUAAAAAUUUUGUGGGUCAAACAGUGUGGUUUCUGUGAUAGUUUUAUAGAAAGAUGAGAAGAAAUUUGACCCCGGUGGUUAGACGUGAAUUAGAAAAUCUUGAUAAGGAUGCAGAAAGUAGGAAGUCAGCAAUGAAAGCGUUGAAGGGCUAUGUAAAGGAUUUGGAUUCAAAGGCAAUUCCCAUCUUUCUUGCUCAGGUUUCUGAGACUAAAGAAACUGGAUUAACAUCUGGCGAAUACACAAUAUCACUUUAUGAAGUUCUUGCACGUGUUCAUGGGACUAAAAUCGUUCCUCAAAUUGAUAAUAUCAUGAUGACUAUCAUCAAGACUUUGAAUUCUAGCGCAGGCUCGUUUGCUCUUCAUCAGGCAUGCUCAAAGGUUGUACCUGCCGUUGCAAGAUAUGGGAUGGAUCCCACGACACCUGAUGUCAAGAAAAGGGAAAUUAUCUACUCUUUGUGUAAGCCUCUUUCGGAUUCUCUUUUAGCUAGCCAAGAGAAUUUAUCUUCUGGUGCUGCUCUUUGUUUAAGAGCUCUUGUGGAAUCAGAUAAUUGGCGAUUUGCUUCUAGUGAAAUGGUGAAUGAGGUUUGUCAAAGGGCAGCUGCGGCUUUGGAGAAGCCUAUGCAGGCUAAUUCACAUAUGGAUUUAGUCAAGGCUUUAGCUAAACAUAAUGGUUUAAUUGUAGAAGAUUAUGCAAGAUUGUUGAUUAGGUCUGGUGUCGGGAUCUUGAACAUGGGUGUUGCUGAGGGAAAUUCUCAGAAACGACUGUCGGCUAUUCAAAUGGUGAACUAUUUGAUGAGGAGUUUGGACUACAAGAGUAUAAUGUCUGAAUUAACCUUUGUGAUUGGAGAAAUGGAAAAGUGUCUAAAUGAUCAAAUGGCGUAUGUUAAAGGGGCGGCUUUUGAAGCAAUACAGACUGCUAAAAGACUCUUGAUCCAGAAAGGAUCUAGACAUGAGCAUAGAAGAGAUUUGUCACCCGUUACUGGAUCACCUCGAUCAGUAACUAUGGAAUCUUAUGGUGACUACAAUUCUAUUUCAUAUUCACCAUUUUCAGUUAGUUUUGCAUCUGGAGAUAGUGAUUCUGAUAAAAGAAGUUUUAAUCGAAAAUUCUGGAGCAAUGUGGAUGUGUCUCUGAAAGAUGGACUAUUUUCCGGAGGGAUGGAUACUCCUAGAAGUGUCAUUGAAAGCUCUGAGACCCAAGGUGAUUAUGAAGACGAGUUUUCAGGAUUCUUGCAUAGAAGCCUGACUAAUAACUCAAGAAGCCCUUCUGGAAGUGUCAUAGAAAGCUCCAAGACUCAAGGAGAUUAUGAAGACGGGUUUUUAGGUUUCUCACAGGAAAGCCCAACUAAUGGCUACUCAAGAAAUGCUACUCCUAGUCCUCAGAGAUCAAGAUCUUACGUUAAUGUUGACAACAUGGACCUUUUCACGACUCCUAGAAAACUAAUUAAAUCUCUUCAGGUUCGAAAUGAUGACAGCUCAGAAAACGAAAGCAGAAGAUUCAGUAGUCCUGCAUCUAGCAAAUUCAACUGGAGCCUUGAUUCAAAUAAUGAUCUAAACCGUGUCUAUAGCGACCUCAAUGAGAGCUACACUAAUAAAGAACAGCUUAAUGGCACCACAGAAUCCGUCUCGUCAACUGAAGACAUCCCAUUAAGUAAGAACAAUAAUUCUCAGCUUUCUCAAGAACUUGCUCCUGUAGCCAAGGCAAAAUAUCAGAUACCGACAGCUAUUAGCAUUGCCUCUGGGUUAUUUGUUCUGUUCAUUGCGGUUGUUUGUUUUUUGUGGGUACGAGCUUCCGAUGAAGGUUACAACCUUGUACCCACCUGAUUUUUGAUCAUCGAACAUAAAUGAUAUUGUUUUAUGUUUGUGGUACAAUAACUGAUGCAUGUUCUGUAAAAGGAGUUUGUUGUAGCAUAUUGAAAUUUCAUCUGUCUCAA